ACUGUCUGGCAGCUGAGGGAGGAAGGUCCAGGUGUAGACUGCAGACAUUAUAAGAGAAGCCUUGUAAUAUGUGAUAACGUCAUGGGAAAUGGGAGGCCCUCUACCCAAUUAUUCAUUACUCCAGAGAAUCUUGCCACCUGCUUACAAAUAUACUAUAUGUGAGUUUACUGAUGUUGAGGAGUCUGGAAGAAAUGAUUCAAACAAAUAUCAUUUUAAGGCAAAUUUUCAGUUGACACUAAGAAGAAAGUUAGAAGUUAAAUCAUGGAUAAAAGACUUUGAGAAGACAUCUGCGGUUAAAUGGCAUGUUAGCAAGACUUACCUUGGCUGUGGAAGUAAAGCAACUCAGAAUGUCUAUCAGGUUGAUCUCAAGUGUAAUCAAGCAACAACUUCAAGAUCUCAAGAGAUGAAAAGAAUUAUCUCAAAAAAUUCCUGUUGCCCUGCAAAAUUUUCAAUUGUGGCAAAGCAAACACAUAUAGUACCUGAUGAAUUAUCUCAGUCUGCAAGUCAAUGCUUGCAAGGGUUUCCAGCAUAUGUUACCCUUGACUUUAAUCAUAAUCACGAGCUCCCUUUGCUAGACUCUUAUCAAAAGGAUGGAUCAGAAAAGAUAGUACAAAAACUGAUGGAGCUGUACAGAGCAGGAUAUACCCCUUUAACAGCACUGGAAGCUAUAAAACGUCAUCUGCAGACAGACUAUGUCUUUAUGGCAGGCGACAGAUCACAGUAUCCAGAUAAGCAGUUUUGCUAUCGGGUCUUCUACAGUAUGUUCUCUCCAGGUAAUUCAACAUGUACACUAGCAAAUGGUAUGUCAGCAGACCUGUUUAGUAAACCAUCUGAGAAACAGAUUGACAAAAAAAUGCUAAUUGAACACGGUAAAAAGUUGAAAAAUCCUCUAAAUAAAAAAAUGCUAAUACAUGCUGAUCAUAAUAUUCUGUCUGGUGAGAGAGACCCUGAUGAGUGUUGUAGUAAACCUUUGACUAAAAACAAUUUAGCAGACCAUCAAAGUAAGCCAAUAGACAAACCUAUAAGUAGUGAGACACUAGUGAGUGAAAUUAGAGAGUCUAGUGAGAAAAUUUUUGUUGAUUGUAAGACUUUUCCAAGUGAAAGUAUUUUAGUAGAUAUCCAUAAUAAACCAUCUGGUGAAAAUUUGUUGGUUGACAUUGAUGAGAAAUUAAAAGAUUCUUGUUAUAGUCUUCAGGUGCAAGAUAGGGAAGUUGAAAUUUCAAAUGGAAAAAUAUGUGUUGACCUACAGCAACAAUUAGGAACAUUCUGUGAGAAAUAUAAUUUCCAGUGUUCAAAAGUUGAAAAAACUGAAGGUGGGCGAGUUAUUGUUGCAGUGUGUUCCCCUGUUAGACACAUAUUGGGUACUGAAGGUGAUGAUUGGAAAGCUAAUUCUGUUUUACCUCGGGAUGUCUCAUCUUUGAAACUGGAAAGUAAAUCAACUCAUUUUCAGUCUAAAGCUCAUAAAGAUUCAUCAUCUUUAGAACAGUGCAUUGAAGAGAUGAGGACGGUUUUUGAUGAUUUGUUAUCAAAAGUAGAAUGCAGUCCCGAUAUAUUUGUCAAACCAGUGGCAACAUUUCUAAAAAACUAUCAUAGAGUAAGAAGAGACAAUAAUUUAACAUCAGCUUUGCAUUCAUUUAGUAAUUACUCAAAUUUAACAAUGGCCAUAUUAAAAACUAUAAAGUGUCUGCAAGUGACAGACACCAGUGAAGUCCAGCAAAGUUCUACACUAUGUACAAACAAGAGAAAGGAUUCACACCCGUAUGUAAAUAACUUAGAAUCAUCACCCCAACAAAAGUGCCCCAAGACAGAAUGAGUCAUUUCACUGCAUGUCUUACCUCCAUGAUGUAAUACAGUAUAUUUCAAAUGUACACUUGCCGAUUGUGUUUUUAAUCUCGUUAUGAAUGUAGAAACCACAUAUAAAUUUACUGAGUACAUUAGGUAUGAGAACAUUGAACAACAAUGAGAAGGAUUAUUAAUUUUAGCAAAUAAUUAAUCAUAGAUGGACUGUACUGCUGUCAAACAUGUUCCACAAAAUUUUCCUUUGUCGCAUUUUACUGUAGUCUGUUAUUAAUCAUGCCUACAAGGUUAUGUGAGUUGGGUGGUCAGUGCAGGGGCAGAUCCAGGGGGGGGUCCAGACCCCCCUUUUCAUCAGAAAAUUCCAAUACUUUUUCUUUAAUGUAGUAUUGUACUGUACCCAGGCAUUUUGUAUAGUAAAAAGUAAUUACUAUUAGCCUCAGAAUAUCUCCUAAUAGCAAGUGCACAUGGCUUCAAAAUUGCCUAAAAAUGUCCAUGAUAUUGGUCAGAUUUCAAAAACUUUUCUGGGGGAGCUUACAGUGCCCUUACCAAACCCCCCAGCUGGGUGGACUUGCUGUGCUCGCCAUGUUCCCCCACCCACAACUUCUUGGACCUCUUGAUAUUCCUGGAUCUGACCCUGCAGUGCUGACUGUAUCUAUAUACAUUCAUACCUCACUUAGUGCUCAGUUUGCAUUCCAGGAGGAGUGAGUGCUAAGUAAACAUAUACUUAUGGAGAUGCAUUCCUGACAACAUUAUGCAGGUACUGUAGUAGUUUAGCUUUUGUUUAUUCUUUCCAUUUUAGUAAUAGAGAGCUACAUGUAUUCUGAUUCUAAUAUAGAUUUUUUUCAUUGCACUGUAUUAUUACAAAUUUUCAUAAACUGUAUCACAGGGAUCCUAUAGUACAUGGUAAACAGGGUGUCUUGUGUUUGCUUGUUUGCAUAAAAGCCUUGUGGAGGGGUCAUGGAUUAUUAGUUCAGUAGUUCAGAUAGAUAACACAGACCUCAUGAUAACACAAAUCAUAUUCUCGGUUUUCUAUUUAUGGUGCUUGUCCUACUUCCAUUCAGUUAGUAAAGCAUGACUUUAGACCAUAAUUAUUGUUUUGUCAUCAUCAUACAUUGCCUCUAUAUUAUUUAGUAAAUACUGUAUAGCCUUUACUGCGAGCAACACAUUGGGUGUCUAUCACGAGUAUCAAAUUAUCUCCACUAACAAUGCUAAAAUCUGCCACUUGAAUCAAUUCAAUAUCUUCACCGGUUCCAACAUUAUGGUAAUUUGAAGGUUUGCAAACUUUAAUUGCAGUUUCUCCAUUUUUCAUUUAUGGUGUUUGUCCUACUUUGGUUCUGUGCACCUUAUAUUCAAAGACUAAUAAAUUCCUCACAUUGUUUUCUUAGUACCUGCUGAUUUUUUUACUAACUUGCAUAUUUGGGGUCCCUAAUACAGUGGGGUAUGCUAUAACGAAUCUAAUUGGUUCUAGAACCUUGUUCGUUAUAGCAUUCGUUUGUUAUAGGAUUAAUCUGUUCCAGGCCCCCAAAUACAACCA